GUUAGGAAGUUUGUUGUACUGUAGCAAUGGAUUCCUUUUUAAAGGCAACAUUUUGACAGUGGAAGAAAACAAGUCUUAACUUGAUGUAAAUAUACUCCGGGAUGGAAUUUGCAUGUCUAGUCAGAUCUUCAGUCCAAGGAAUCAUCAUUUGGUUUGCCUUUGGCCAGCUUGUUGGUGGCCUCGUCUGGGUUUUCAGGUUGCAGCUAACUCCUGCCUAAACUCUAUGUACAUGUGUACAGCUCCUGCCUUCCUGGCUGCCACUCCCUUCCUUUCAAAUGAAUGUAAAAGCAGCCCCUUUUCCUUUGCCCUCCUUUGCCUUUCUGCCUGCAAAGGCAUCUCUCUGCCCAUCCCUUCCUGCUUUUGUGCCGUACUCAACGACCAAGCCAAGGAGAGGAAAGCUCUCCUUCCACCAACACCACCCACCUUCUCCUUUUCCUGCAGCCAACUCUCCAUCCCUUUGAAACAAGGAGGGGUUUGAUCCAUUGCCGGCAGCAGCUCCGAAAGGAGGACCACAGGGAGAGCUGGCUGGGGGCACCUCCGUUGCGGCAGCUUGCCGAAGCCACCCCUUCGCCUCAUCCUCCAGGAAGGAAAGGAAGCAAAGAGAAGCCUUUCUCCCCCAUUUCUUGACAACUGUCUUGCUUUUAUCUGCUCAUCUGGAUUUCGGAGCCGAGGAUGCAAAGAAGUCUCUGCUCCAUGGAAGAGAGUAUUUUCGCGCAGAAGGUCGACUUAGGAAAAUGCUCCAGAGGAGAGUCUGGAAUUGAAAGAAAAUGAAGUCACAUUGGUGGUACGGCAGCUCUUGCCUAUGACCCUCUCUCCAUGAACAUGUCCUCCUUGGACCCGCUGCCUCCAGCCACCCCUCCAGCCCAGAAGCCCACCCGCAUCAUCAAGCCUCGCCCGCCCACUCGGCCACGGCCCUAUUUGCCCCCCAGGCCAGACUCUGCCAAGGUGAGCCGUGCCCCGACCCCCUCUUUGCCCCCGGAGGCCUCCACAACCGAAACACCGAGCAAAGGGUGCUCCAAGGUUCCUGAGCCCAUUUACAGCCACCAGCGGCACCUCCACAAGCUGCAGAAUUCAGGCGCCGUGCGGAAGAUCGUGGUACGCUUCGACCAUGCCAUUCCGGAGAAAGAGGAGGCCGUCAAGGCAAACCAGAUUGCUCCGAACUGCAAUGAAGCAUCGAUCCCUAUCACUGAAAAUGGAAGCGGGACGAUCAUGGAAGAAAAGGAGGAGCUGGGGCAAUCCAAUCCUUCUGAAGACACCCAGCCUGCUGUUUCCUGUGGAGGGGAGCAGAACGGUGUAGAAUUGCCUCCUUCCUGCUCCUCUGGCUGCCCCUGCAUCUGCCACCAACACCGGCCCGGCAUGGUUUUGGCCUGGGUCCCGGCACCCACUCUGCCGGCCGAGCAAGAAGAUGGAGAAGACGGUCCUGCCUCAGACGUCUCUUCUUCCGCUGAUGAAGGAGGACCCUUCUUCCAACACCUCCUGGUGCUCAAUGCCCCCACUGCCAACUCCUCCACCUGCUCCUCUUCUUCCUCAUCCUCAUCCACGGGGGGCAGGCCCUCCAAAACCCGCCAUUCUCCUCGGAGCAAGAAACCCCUCGAUCUACCCCCUUCUGCCAAUGGACACCCCGAAGGGGGAGUGGUGUUGACCAGUUACCGCUCCACGGCUGAGCCCCUUCCUCCCCGUUGCCCCCCUCUGAUGCCCAAACCACCCCGGCGUAGUAAAGGGGGCUCUGCUGUCUCAUUCGAUGGUGACGCCUUGCCCCCUGCCAUCCCCCCAAAAGCUCCUAUCAAGCCGCCUCGCAACGCCUUGGGCCCGUUGGCCUUCUCUCGACGGAGCUCCCUCCAGUACCCGCUAGAGGAGAACCAUAUCCCCAGUGAUGCCUCCCUCAUUUCUAUGCGCCAAAGCCUGCUGUUGCCGCCUCCGUCCCAGCCUCCACCGCCACCACCCACUUUGCAAACCCCUCCGUCUUUCUCCGUCUCUCAGCCCCCAACCCUGAAUUUCCAGACUCCCCCUCCUCCUUCGCAGCCCCCUCCUCCACUGCCGCAGGGUCUGCCCCCUCCACCGACUCAGCCACCGCCACCGCUGGAGAGCUCGCCCCUUGGGGAAGACCCCAGCCAAGGUGGCUGUGAAAACGAGUCCUCUCUUUUGGAAGACUCUGAUGCAGGAACUCCAAAUGACAGUGGCUGCUCAAUGUUAUCCCCCAAAGGCCCUGACUGGGGACUUUACCUCCAGGAUGAGCCUCUGUACCAAACAUAUCGGCAGGCAGUUAUCUCUAAGGAGAUCAAGAGGCAAACGGUUCCCCGCAACAGCAGCUUCAGCAGCUCGGAUUACGGAGCCCCUUCUCCAGGCGAAGGACCCUCGGGGCCACGGGUUUCCACCCCUCACUGCACUCUUUGGCAGGAACUUCCUGCCGUAAGAGAGAGUGGUCUUUUGGGAAGCAUGAGCUCCGAGGAACGGAAGUUGCAAGAGAGCCUUUUUGAGGUGGUCACUUCCGAAGCUUCGUACCUCCGUUCGCUGACCCUUCUGAUUGAACACUUCAUGGAGUCGCGGGACAUGUCGGGCACCAUCCUUCUGCGUGAACAUCGGAUCCUCUUCUCCAACAUCCGGAAAGUCAAGGAGGUCAGCGAAAGAUUCUUGCAAGACCUGGAAGCACGCUUGGCGGAGAGUUUGCAGAUCUCGGAUGUCUGCGACAUUGUGGAGGAUCAUGCCCAGCAAAGUUUCUCUGUCUACAUUGACUAUGUGCGCAACCAGCUGUACCAGGAGAAGACGUACAGUACCCUCAUGGAGAAGAACCCACAAUUUGCCACCGUGGUCACCCGCCUCCAAGAGCUGCCCCAAUGCCAGCGGCUUCCCUUCAUGUCCUUCCUGCUGCUCCCUUUCCAGAGAAUCACCCGCAUCAAGAUGCUCAUCGAGAACAUUCUGCGUCGAACAGAAGAAGGCUCUCCGAGAGAGCAGAACGCCAUGAAAGCUUUGGCAUCUGUUUCCAAGAUAAUAGAAGAGUGCAACUCCGAAGUGGGACGCAUGCGGCACAUGGAGGAGCUGAUCCUUAUUGCCAGCAAGAUUGAGUUUGACAAACUUAAGGCUGUCCCCAUCAUCUCCCAGACCCGACAGCUGCUGAAGCAAGGGGAGUUGCUGGAGGUCGUUCAUCGGGGCACCAUCUUUGGCACCAAACCAAAACUGGUGCCCAUCUACUUGUUCCUCUUCAACGAUCUGCUGCUCAUCACUCAACGCAAGAGUUCUGAACGCUUCGUGGUGCUGGAUUAUGCCCACCGUUCGCUCAUCCAAGCCCAAGGCUGCGGGGAAACCCACACGGGUCAAGGGGCCGAAAACAGUUUCUACUUGACGCUGAUGGAGAACCACCAAGGGCGGAGUAGUGACCGCCUCUGCCGGGCCCCAACACAGUCAGAUAUGCACCGCUGGAUCGGUGCCUUCCCCUCUCACGAAUCCCAGCCCAGUGGAAAGCAGGAGACCAUCUACGAGGAUUGGGAUUGCCCCCAAGUGCAAUGCACCGAGGCCUACACUGCCACACAGGCAGACGAGCUGAGCUUGGAGCCGACAGAUAUUGUGAAUGUGCUACGCAAAACCAACGAGGGCUGGUAUGAGGGGGUUCGCCUGGCGGAUGGCAAGAAGGGCUGGUUUCCCUCGCGCUACGUGCAAGAAAUCACCAAUGAGCACGUGAGGCGGCGCAACCUUCGUGAGCGCUACCGUGUCCUACAGGCUGCGCGCCAACUCCAACUGACUCGCACCAGCCUCAGCAAGAGCAAGUAUGGUUCAGCCUGAGACCACAGGUGCGGGACCACAAAUGGGGACACAAGAGAGGCUGAACUGCAUGCAUGCGUUUCCCGAAUGCUGAGCCUAGAACCAGAUGGAUUUCUGCUCUGUUGGGUGCAAGGGAAGCACUGCCACACAAAGGGUGCGAAGGAUGGGUGACAACACUGGAGUAAUUUCCAGCAUGAUGGAAGACCAGCGGUGGAAGGAAGGCAAAGAAGAGUAAUGUUUCUUCGUUGUCCUGAGUUGGUAGCUACUGUAAUGCCAUGAACAAGCCUCUUGGGGUGCUAGAGACACACUUCCUGAGCUGAUAGCUGUUGUAAUGCCGUGAACAAGCCUCUGGGGGUGCUAAAGGCUCAUUUCCAGGCUUCUUGUUGUCAGAAGGGGGUGAUAGAGUGUCAAGAUUUACGAUUUUACUGUACAUAUUCAGCUGAACCCACAAUAUCAAAAAAGACCGAACCAGAGAAAUGUUUCUUCGUCGUCCGGAUCUGAUAGCUGCUGUAAUGCCAUAAGCAGGCUUUUGAGGGCGCUAGAAGCACACUUCCAGCUCUGCUUCCCUUACCUCUUGUUCUCAGAAUGGGGCGACAAAGUGUCAAUAUUGUUGACUUCAUUGCACACAUUUGACUGGUCUCGGUAUCAAAAAAGAAUGACGGUAAAAGAAGAGGAGUAAUGGGAUGUGCGAUCUCCAGCCAUGCUAUUUGGGGAGCAUUGUUUUCAGCUGCAACAGACUGAGCAGUUAAUGAUCCAGGGGCUGUGAAGUUGUGGCCCCUCUUCCGACCAGAUUUCAGUGGCACAACUUAACUACAACUUGUAGUUAUCCAACCAGUGUUUGUCUUCAGACUGCAGAGGGGCAGAAUGAAUUUUCCCUUGGUCUUCAGAUAAUAUGAGAGAUGCCCACUUCCCUAUCAUGAGUCACCUGGCCCAGGUGUUAUAAUGAAGCGCCCCUGAGUUCAAAGCUUAGGAAAGUUCCUUUUGUGGACAGCACCUCCCAGAACCCCUUGACCCAAGCCUAGUCCAAGUUGCAAGCUGGCACUGGAGAAUACAUAUCCCCAUUUAGCCUGGCACAAACCUAUCUGGACCUGGUUUCUGCUUACAAGGGAUGCUGUUUCCAGCCCUGGGUUCAAGAGAGUGUUGUAACUUCUGGGCGUGCCUUGUGUAUUUCCAAGCAGGUAUAUCAUGCAGUUGAUAAGUUUCCACACCUGCAGGCAUUUUAGAUGGGUAAAUGCACAUACUAGUUGCCAUCUUGGUGCCAUUUCUGCCAGUAUUCCACAAGACGCCCCAGCUUGGGGACUUCUCUACCUCAGCCAGGAUAGUCCAACUACCACUCUUCAGCCCCCUUCUGGGGAUAUCUAGGGCUACUUUCCCCCCUUUGGGUCUGGACUUUCUCCCCAAUGGUGCUGGGCAUCUGUCUGCUGCCAUUCCUCGAGUAUUUUUCUCCCCAAUGCCAACUUGCCCAGAACCACGGCCACACGCCCAUUCGUAUUUAUUAAUUCGGAACCUCUUGCUUCCCAUUUUAGAGGAGGAGAUUCCACAUCCACUUGCUGGGGUUUGGAAAGGGGAGUAAUGGUUUAAUUUAUUCUGUAUCAUAAUUGCCUGCAUUGUCAUCUUUAUUUUGUGUCUUUUUCUAUCACAAUUGCUUGUUGUUGUUUUUUAAAUGAGUAUGAUGAUGAUGGAAAAUUA